AUGGCGCCGGCAGCAUCGAGACCGUCACCCCGAGCGCGCGAGGGAGGAAGGCUUGCCGAUAGCCGUAAGCCAGGGGAGCUGAUACGGCAGGAGCAAGAAGCGGGGAUUGCGCCCGUGCCUGCGGAUCUGAACCAUAGGCACGCGAGAGGCUUGGGGGGCUUGCCGACGAGUGGAGCUGCGGCCGCAGCGGCGGGUGUUACUGCUUCCGCUACCCAUGGUGACGAUAGCGGCGAGGCGGGCGAGGCGGGCGAGGGGCAGGGACUUGCUGAUGGUGCGGAGGUGGAGGAACCGGUGCAUGCGAGAGGGCCGAGCGUUAUUGGGAUGGAGGACAUGGGUCCACAGACGCCGGGGAGCGGAUUGCAGGGGGGCAUACAGCUUGAGGGUCCGAUGGGGAUGCGGAGAGAGGAGCCUGAGGGUUUGGUGGAGACUGGCGAUGAGGGUAAGAAGGAUGGCGCGAGCAAGGAGCAGACGCAUGGAGAGACUGAUGAAGCGAAGGAUAGCGAUAAGAAGGCUGUCACGGCGGACCCGGACGGUGUGGUCGAGGGAGAAAAGGGAAAAGGUGAGACAGGUGUGGAAAAGGGGAGUGAUGCUGUUGAUGGAACGACUUUAUGA